AUGGGAAUUCCUGGGUCCCAGACUGGUCUUGAAGAAGUGAUGUGUCGCGUUCUCGGUGACUUCAUUGAGAAGGCUUUGUGGGAAAAACUUGCAGUUGUCCUCUACUACGAAGCCCUCCUGAACAACUGGCGACGAGUAUUUCAGGCCCUUGAUCAGUGUAAUCUUCGUCUAUCUCCCACAAAGACUGUCGUUCGUCCCAAGAUCACCUCCAUCCUAGGCUGGAUAUGGUCCCAAGGACGAUACGAUACCCGCAUCGUAUUGCUGCCGUGGCAUCGUCUCCUCUUCCUCCAACUGUGAAAGGACUCAGGUCUUUUAUUGGAGCCUACAAAGGCCUCAGUCGCGUGCUCCCCAACUGCUAAAACGUCAUCGAUCACCAUGAGUGCGCUCACCCUGGUCUUCAGUCCUCUGACAGACUACAGUGGGCUGAGAACUGAACUGAACCUCCAGAUUCAUGAUACGAAAUCCGCGCAGGAUUUCUUAUCCAACAACAAAGCUAUAGUUCUCUCUCGCUCUCGCAGCAACGAUCGCCUCGGAAUCGACGCCGUGUUGGCCACUAAGAUGGAAUGGCUCGUCCAGAAAACCGACACGUCGUACGCCUUGGGCAAUGACCGGCUGUUGAACUUUCUCUAGGUUCAAUGUGCCAAAUGACCAGAUCAGGAGCAAACCGUUCAUGAUGGGCAACGGUGGGGUGGUGUUCUUCUCCUGCGUCUGCUCGUGGUGAUUUGUGCAUUUAAACGAUGCCUUCGUCGCGGUCGCGCGAACGGACGCGCCCUUGGGGGAAGCGGCCCGACCCUCUGCUCGUUGCAUCUGUGCCUCAACGCCGGGGAGUGUAGCAUGAUGGGCAAUCAGAUCAGCGAUCUCUUGCGGGACCUCCCCUGUAAUAAAGAGGAGCCCUUGUGGGGGGGAAACGCAGAACGUGCACUAUGGCAAAGUGCGAGGGGACGCGGUGGAAAUUAUAGAGGUGAAGUGGGUGAAUGGGACGGGUCGCUGGUGGCCUUCCAGAACAGUAGAGAGACGCAGUUGGUUUUGGAUUUCAAGAAAGGGGUAUGA